GCUUUAUUUCAGUCGGACAUAUUAUAAGCGCUGUAAGGUCGGCAUUUUCUGGUGGCUAGCAUGCCGAAAUACGAUCGUCAGGCCAAUGGGUACAGAGUAUUCGUUGGAGGUGUGGAUCCUCGUGUCGGAAAAGUUGACAUAGAACAAGAGUUUGAGCGCUUUGGCCCAAUAGCAGAUGUAUGGGUUGCUCGAAAUCCACCAGGAUUCGCAUUCAUCGUAUUCAAGUAUGCAGAAGACGCAGAUCGAGCAGUUAGGCGAAUGGAUGGGAGUCGUCCUUUCGGGUCUCGUCUAAGGGUGGAACAUGCGGUUAAUAAUAAAACUGCAAAUAGGUAAGUCAAACAAAUUGUCUCUGAAGUUUAAUCAUUAGUAGUUAGUGAGUUUGUCUAAGGUUACUAUUUUAACAGUCCUUGGGUUCAUAUAUUAGUUUGUAAGCGUCAGAUUACCGAGGACUUUCCGGCCUUAAGGAGUAGAUUCAUCAUCAUUCAUAUAAAUGCAUUAGCUAUCCCACCUCAACACUAGGUAUUCAGCCUGCUCAUUGAUAGCCAGUCUGUAGGUUGAUUAAAUCGUCAGUGAAGUUUUACUCUGACUACCUCCGGGUCGACAGGUAAGUGGUUCAAAAACUAAGUUAUCGUUAACUUGUGAGAUAUAAAGAUUAACUAAAUUACUGCACUUCUUCUUGCAUCCAAGACUGCCUCGUGGCAGAUAUCACAACAUCUCGUCAGAAGCCGCCCACGUCCACCACCUAGUACAUCCAUUAACUCCUGUUCCAUCCACAAACUCUCAGCUCGGUCAUCCAAUCUACGCUUCCUUCGUCUGAUCACAGAUGUUCAUCAGCUUGUGGCUAACCCAAAUUCUCUCCGCUUACAUCUUCGAAUAAUCUAACGCUUGCCUCCACGCUAAGCAGUUCAUCGAAACAUGCCAAUAAGCCCGCGUUUUGUCACAGUAAGUUGCAUAGCUAAGCGCACUUUAGGCUUUUGCAUAGACAUGCCUGAUUCACUGUCGGGUAUCCCUGUUUCUAUUUAAAAAAUAAAUAUUUCGAGAUAUGACAGAUAAAUGUUGAUUCCCUGGGGCAAAAUGUUCGAUUAGUAUACCGACGAUCUCGUUCAACAGUUUAGUCGGAGUUAGACAGUUGAAGAAUCAGUGAUGUAAACAAUGCUGUAUUACAAGUUUAAUAAAUCAACGGGUGCUGAAACAGUCGCUUAAGUUUAAACUGGUUUCAGUGGAAAGCUGUCACGUCCAAUUUAGUUUGUAGUUUCCAUUUAAUCUAUUCAACAUUAGAAAGACUGAGCUGAUCCCAUUGUAAAAAUAGUACACAAGGUUUCUCUCAAUCCAUUGAAAUCUUGUUUGGUAUGUUGCUGGAUUCCUUGUCCAUCAUUCUUAGCUCUGAAAAUCGCAAUUUGUAGUUCACACUAAUUCAUUUCUAUGUAGCCCAUGAAAAUGUAUUAGGACCAUACGUUUUAUUCUAAAUGAACUCCAGACAUUAGUUUAGCGCCUUUGCAAUAAAGGAUCUUUAAUUUUGCUAAGUCUUUAUCAACUAAACCAUGGGAGUUUAUGGAAAGAUUUAUGGGUACUCGCAUUCCUAGCCACUCGUGUGUAAUCCCUUAUCUAUCGUUAUGUCUGUACUACGUCAAACACAAGAGCUCAGGGACUACUGUCAGAGUAGCGAGCAAAAAAUUGUUAUCAAUCACAGUGUGACAACAUUACGACUACUGAUUGCCCUUAUACGCGUUACCGUACGUGGUUAUUCAUAGUUUGUCAUGCUUGCCGACUCUUACUUACUCAGGUCAUGAGUGUGGUUUCGUAUUUUUCAGCCGACGUCACGAUCGUUCUCGUUCCCGCUCAUACAGCAAGCGUCGGCGAGAUUCGCCACCGCGCCGACGCACUCCUGUACGCCGCUCUUCGUCAGGACGACGAAGGUCACCGAGUGAUUUUCGAGACACAAGACGCCACUCACCACCCGGAUAUGAACGGAAUAGGUCAGGUCAUGAAGACCGUUAUCGUACAAGAUCCCAGUCUUCUAGCAAAAGAUCCAGCAGACAUAAAACUUCACGACCUCGCUCUAGAACUCCAUCUCGGCAGUCUUCGCAUCGCAACAGCAACCGACAUUCCCGCUCUCAAUCACGAAAUUCUCACAAAAACAACGGACGACACAGUCCUACUCCGGAUCGUCGCUCGGUUUCGGAUUAUGAUCGUUCUCAUUCUCGGUCACCAGAUGUUGAACGAAGACAUAGCUACGAAGAUUCAGGUAGUCCAGUUGACGAAGGUCGCAAUGCAAGUCCUGUUGAUCGUGGUGCACGUAAUCAUAAUUCCCGUUCUGUGUCACGUUCACGCUCCCGGUCACAACAAAGCAACCACCGUUUCAGAUCUCGAUCGCCAUCUGACUACCAUAAUGAUGGUGCCCCAAGAGAACAUUCAUCUGACAGUCGCACAGGUGAUCAAAGUGGUUGAGAAGGCAAAUAUUGAUAUGCUUAACAUGUUCAUAUAUAUUAUCCUAUAAAUUUUUUAAUAUUGCAUUUGAGUGUCAA